UUAUAAUUUGAGACGUUAUAAGCAAAACCGCGCAUAAACCGAAAUGACAGUCAAUUAGGUAUCUGCUAAACGAUCUGAAUGUCUGUUUUAUAAUUCACAACUUGAGCAAGUAUCUUUCGAGAGUGCCAUAUCAAAUCAAGAUUCACAAUGUUUCUUCAUAUUCUUGUCUUUGUCUUUUGUGCGUUCAGUCAAUUUUUAUGUGGAGAAAGUUUCUCUAGCGAGGUGAUCACAAAUUGCUGUCAGUUUGGAAUGAAGGAGGUGAAAAUAAUCCAAGCAAAAGUUGUAUGGAAAUUGGUCGCCAAGGUCAAGCAAAAUACCCUAAUUUGCCAGCGAUGGUUUGCCGGAUGUAUGCUGAAAUGUGCUGUACUAAGCAAUUGCAAAAAGAUUAUUGUAAAAUGGGGAAAGAAAUGGCUGAGAAAGGAGGCACAUGCAGUGGAAACAAUAUCAAAACUUGUGGAAAACAGCAUUAUAAAGAAUGCUGUUACUGCUGCUAUCUGGGAAUGAAAGCAAGAAAGGAAAAAUUACAAUGUACCAAUUCGUACCUUGGUAUUCCUUGUCAACAAGCAUUUUCCAGCUGCUGUGUUUCUUCAGAGCCCCAUCCUACAGGAACACCAAAGGUUUUUGGAGUUUCUUUGCAAGAGGACGGACCAACAUCCCCACAAUCAUGUUCUACUCUAAGGUGCUCUCAAAGCUGUCAAGUUUUGCGCGGUAUUGCAACAUGUGUUUGCAGGAAUGGAUUCAGACUUGGUGAAGAUGGUCGCACUUGUGUAGUAAACAUCACAUGCCCUCGUGGACUAGAAAUGGAUCCUUCUGGAAUACAAUGUAGAGAUAUCGACGAGUGCCUUAAGUUACCAUGUCGACCUGAUCAGGAAUGUUUAAAUAACAGAGGAAGUUUUGAAUGUAAAUCAAGGUGUCCUAGUACUUAUGUUUACAGAAAUGGACGAUGUGAAAGAGAAUGCAGAACUGGACGGUUGUGGAAUGGAAGACAAUGUGUUGAUGAAAAUGAAUGCCUUAGAGCCGAUAGCUGUCGUUCAAACCAAAGAUGUGUUAACACUGUUGGAUCAUAUAGAUGUGAUUGUUAUGCUGGUUAUCAAAAUGUUGGUGGAUCUUGUGUCGAUGUAAAUGAAUGCCUUAGACCCGAUAGAUGUCGUUCAAACCAAAGAUGUGUUAACACUGUUGGAUCACAUAGAUGUGAUUGUAAUGCUGGUUAUCAAAAUGUUGGUGGAUCUUGUGUCGAUAUAAACGAUUGCGAUAGGUCUCCUUGUGGACAAGGCGCUGUAUGUGAAAAUCUUCCAGGUGGAUUUCGAUGUGAUUGCCUAGAUGGAUAUGAACGGUCGGGAUCAAACUGCACAGAUAUCGAUGAAUGUAAAAGAAACUAUUGUCGAGACAACGAGAUUUGUAUAAACAAACCCGGAACAUAUCGAUGUGAACAACGCAAAUGUCCCAGAGGAUAUCGUUGGAAAGGGACAUCUUGUGUUGACAUAAAUGAAUGUGAAAGCAAACCAUGUAGAUCAAAUGAAGUUUGUGUAAAUCUUCCUGGCAGACACCGCUGUAUCAGAGUAAUACAGUGUGAGGAAGGAUAUGAAAGAUACAGAGGUCGAUGUCGAGAUAAAAAUGAAUGUUUGAAUCAAGAUAUUUGUCGACCACCACGACCUGUGUGUAAAAAUACUCCUGGGAGUUACAGAUGUGAGUAUAAACCAUGUCCUCGAGGUUUCAAAAGAGGAAGAAAUGGCCGAUGUCAAGAUGUAAAUGAAUGCACAACUGGAAGACAUACAUGCAAUUUAAGAGCGGAGGAAUGCAUCAAUACCAGUGGAUCUUUUACUUGUCGUUGUCGCCGUGGAUACAGAAGACUCCGUCUUGAUGAUCGUUGUAGAGAUAUUGAUGAAUGUCGCAGUUCUAACAAGUAUUGUGCCCACAAGUGUAUAAACACUCAAGGUUCAUUCAGAUGUACAUGUCGAAAAGGAUAUACUCUUGUCGGUCGAAGAAAUUGUUAUGAUAUUAACGAAUGCAACCAACAAGGGGGAUCAAGAUGUCAACAUAACUGUAUAAACACUCAAGGAUCAUACUUGUGUCGAUGCAAUCGUGGUUUUCAAUUGCAAAUCAAUGGAGUUCAUUGCUCAGAUAUCAACGAAUGCUCGUCACCCAGGCGUUAUGGUGCAUGUGCAUAUCAGUGUAAAAAUAGUCCAGGAAGUUUUAAAUGUUCUUGUCCCAAUGGUUAUGAAUCGUUGUACAGCGGAAGAUAUUGUAGAGAUAUUGAUGAGUGCUCAUUGAGAAAUCCUUGUAGAAGUGAUGGAGCUUGUAUCAAUACAAAGGGAGGAUACGAAUGUCUUUAUACAACUUGUCCUAACGGUUUCUUCAUUAAACGAUCAACAACACAAUGCACGCGUAGGUAUUGUCGAUAUAACGAAAGAAAUUGUUGGGCGGAGAAACGUAAAUCUAUUCGCUGGCAUGGACGGGCAUUUCCGUUGAAUGCAAAACGUGGCGCCUUUACAUACUUUUAUAACAUCACCACCACAGGUUACGCUCGGAGACCAAGUAUUGAAUUCAAUCUUAAGAAAGGAAAUGAUCAUGGCACUUUUCAAAUCCUCUCUCUUGGUUAUGGUAAAGCUAAAGUGAUAAACAGAAAGGUUUUUGACAGUCCAAGAGCUUACAAACUUAAAUUUGUGGGUGAGGUGAUUAGCGGUCGGUCAGUAACAGCAAAAUUUAUAACUUAUCUUCAUAUUUAUGUUUCACAGUACGAUUUUUAGAGUAACAUAUGAGUACAUAAUCCAAAGGCUUGACGCACUCAUAUUUGUGCAUUGUCCACUAGAUUUAUCCUAAAAUUAUUGAAAUAUAUUAUAUCAAAGUCGAGUUUUACAGACUAUGUAACUAAAAAAACUGAAAUUUAAGAUGUUGUAUAAUUAUUUGUAAAGCUAUAAUUGAACAAGGGUUAUUUUACGUCUA